AUGUUUUAUAUAAAGUCUCUUCUCAAAGGAAAUACAUGUAAUAUACGAAUAAAAUUUUUAACCACAUCAUUCUUACGAGGUAUUUUUACUGGCUCUACUACAGGUUUUAAACUUCCUCUUCCGCCAGAGUUUUCACAAAUUGAAGACGCCAUAGAAGUCUUUAAGCCGUCCGAACAACCCGCUUCACUUUCGUAUUUUACUGCGAAGCCUCACUACAACGAUCUUCUUAUACAUCUUGACGAACUUUUUGAAAAAUAUCGCAAUUCUCCAAAAUUAGAACGAGAUAAAAAUUCACCGACCCUAUGGAUGCUUAAGGAUCACCUCGGUUCAGAACUAGGCUUAAAAUUAAAGUCUAACCACUAUCGUAACAUAACGCGAAAAUUAAAUCGGUUAGACCUUGUUGUACCUGAAAGUGCGCCAAAAUUGCAUAGUUUUUUAGAAUUAUUUAGACGGAUUGAUCUGGAAAAAAAAAAGAAAGAGUUAGAAGCAAAUAAAACACCUAAUCGAUAUGGAGUUACAUAUGCUGUUGGUAGAAGGAAAGAGGCUGCUGCACAAGUAUGGUUAGUCGAAGGCGAUGGCAAAGUGUUUGUUAAUAGUGUUCCAGUAGCGGAUUAUUUCUCUUUAUUAAAAGAUCGUGAAACAGUCUUAUAUCCAUUGUAUUUGACUGAUUCGCUUAAUAAAUAUAAUGUAUGGGUAAAAGUCAAAGGUGGUGGUACAUCUGGUCAAGCCGGAGCUAUUGCUCAUGGGAUCACCAGAAAUUUGAUAAUACACGAUCCAUCCCUGAAGCCGGAUUUACGAAAAGGUGCAAUCUCAAUAUGA